AGUCGAACCUACACCGACUACCUCGAGCCCGCUCCAGCCUACUCUCCAGCUCUCCAGCCAUGUACGCUCAGCGCCUCGUCACAUUCUUCCUCUUCUUCCUCACCCUCGGCCUGUUCACGGUCGCUGCUCCCGCCGAGGCGCAGACUGGCGUCGCCAAGCGCCAGGACGCCGAUGGCCUUACGCAGAUCUUCACCGACCUCAAGGACGCGACCGGUUCAAUUCUGCCGCAGCUCGAAACCGUUGCUGACUCCGGCGAUGCGAAGGAUGAGGACGUUCUUGCCCUCGUGCAGCAGCUGCUCGAUUCGCUCAACACUGCCAACGACGGCAUUGAGGAGCUCAAGGGCAAGCCGGCCGGCGGACACCCCCCGAAGCCGGAUGUUCUGGCUGGGCUCAUCGCCGAGAUCCUCAAGGACGUUCUCAAGGUCCUUCACGUCGUCCUCGUCAAGCUCGGUCUCGCCAUCCCUGGCCUGUCCCCCCUGCUCAUCGCCAUCGACGCGGCUCUCGCGAACAUUCUCCACGGCGUCGAGUUCCUCCUGGCUGGUGUUUUGAAGCUGGUGGCUGGCCUGCUCAAGGAUGUUGCGGGUCUCCUCUACGACCUCAGCUUCGGUCUGCUCCUUGCCGCACUGGGCUUCUAAAGCGCGAGUUGUUGAUCGGCGGAUCGGUACCAUCCCGGACCGGAGCUGAAUUGAACCUCCUUUACGAUUUCUUACCUCUCAUAUCAUGUUCUGGCCUGUAACGACAGUGUAGAAAGCUGCGCGAAUGAAUGUUUUGUUUGUACUGUAUUGUCGUCGUGAUGUCCCGAGUACCGGAAGAGCGAUAUGACAUACACGCUCUCAGGUGAGCAGCAGACUAUUUGAAGCGUUAUCUGGCUGCGGGCGCUCCCCGAC